AUGCUUGCUUAUGCACAACAGCCAAUGGUACAUUCCAACAUAACUCAACAACAAGUGUUCUUAUCAAUCGGCCAACCAUCGGUUAAUGUAACGGAGCUCCCUGAGUCAAUAAUGAUUAAUCCAACAGUAUCUUCAACACCAAUAUCAGCUAGCACCAAGAGAGGGCGCAACGACACUAGUGGUAUUUCAGAAUCGAAUGUGCAAGUGCGACACCAAUAUCCUCAAAACAAUCAUUUUGCUAACUCUAGUAGUACACCUAUGGAGCGUCUACGAGGUAUGGACCAACCCAUCGUUCAACUUUCAAAUAAUUUGCAACAACCUUCAACCGAAGCCUGUCGCUUUCCAACCACCAGAUACUCGUUCUCACCUUUCUCGGUAAUCUUUAUACAAGAAGUUCGGGACAAAAUGGUGCUGGAUGAUCUGACCAAACACUAGUGGCGUAUUCAGGAUUUUUCGGUAUGCUCGAUUUCAACUUCAGAGCAUGGGACCCACGUGAAACUUAUACAGAUAUGAUAUUGGGCCCAAAUUAUGAG